AGCGGCCGCGUUGGACCGGCACGACUGCGCGCGCAUUGAGGCGCAGGUUCGAAUCUCGGGCGCCUCGCUGCGUCUCCCCCAACGUCCCGGCCGCCCUCGGGGCGCCCUAGCCCGCAGCUCCGCUCCGCUCCGCCCCGCCCUCCGCCCUCCCGUAGCCACCCGCGUGCCGCUCCUCCCCGGCCCAUGGCCAAGCGGCGUGCGGCCGAGCCGCUCACGUUCCGCGUGCCUUGGAAGCGGCUCUUGCUCAGCGACUUCCCCGAGGAGCCGCCGCUCUGGGUCCCGCCGUCGGGGUCGGUGCGGCCCCGUAAACGCCAGGGGGACGCGGGGACCAUGGCGGAGCCGGCGGCUGCGCCCCGCAAACGACGCGGGGGCGGGGACGGCGGCCAGGAGCGGCAGGGCCGCGGCCUGGAGCCGGGGGAGCCACCUCCGGGCGAGCAGGAGGAACCCCGGGUCAGCCGAGCUUCGGGCGGCGGCGGCGGCGGCGACGGGGUGGGGAGCGCGGGCAGCGCAGCCGACGGGGCGCACGCCCAGCCCAGUGAAGAGUUUUGGCAGUAUAAUACAUUCCAGUACUGGAGAAACCCUCUACCACCUAUUGAUGUGGCCGCUCUUGAAGAUGUGAUUGCAGACAGCCUGACGGAAACGCUUCAGGACAAGAAUGAAGUAGUUGAGAUUGACAUGGAGUCCUGACAGGAGGAGCUGAAGAAGCAGGAUUCUUUGAAUUAGAGGAGAACUAAAGGAAAUGGGUUUUUUCCAUACUUGACAUGCUACUGUUGUCAAACCUGGAAAAUGAGGAAGAGUUUUCAGUCUAAAUACUUGUAAUUACUACUGAAUAUCCUAAUGGAGAUUUGUUAAGGAUAUAGUAUAACUGAAGGCAACAUACUUCGUGUGUGCAUUUUUAAUGAAAAGAGUUUUGUUCACACUCUACCUUUGAAGAUGCUUUUCUUGGAAAAGGGGGUGUUGGCAGCUUGAGAGGAAGCACUCAGCCCUCCUCUCUUGCUCUGUCAAAUGUUCCUCUGCACUAGAAAGCUUAUUUGUGGUACAUGGAAUGGUUACGUUUAUAUAACCGAUCCUAAUAAAAUACUUUCUAGUACAUCUUAUUGGCUCCUCUUGGUUGAACAAAUAGACUUGAGUAUCUAUGCAAAAUUAAAAUGUGAGAUUGUUUUCAUAUUGUUUUAAAAGAGUGUGAAAUUUAAACUAGUGAGAAUUUCCAUUUGGGUAGCUUGUUUUAACUUUGUAAAGUUAAAACAGUAUUUGCUGUUUAUUAAAAUACUAGAGGCAGUGGAUGCAGCCGAAAACUGGAUAAAGAGCAGGAAGAACUAGAUGCCUGCUCCUCCUCUGCUUUUCUGAGAUAACAGGAAAGGAAUGAUCUGGUUAGUGUAUUGAUUUUGGUUUGAGGAUAUUCUUGUUCCUGCCGAUUUCUUUAGACCUGCAGUUCUCAACACUGGUAGCACUUUAGCCCUAUCCUGGAGAGAUGUCAGUCAGUGAUUUGAAGUGGGCUUUACACAUAGUUUUUUGUUGUUGUUGUUUUGUUUUAUUUUAUUUUUGGCGCCAAGUCUGUAUUCCUGUGCUGUGCAGACCCAACCAGAACCACUAGCCUAGUAGCUUUUCCUGUUGAAAGGAGAUCACUAGUGUGAGCUGAAGCAAUGCCUGUUAAUUCGCUUUGUUACGUUAUUGGAUUUGUUGCUACUAAGUUAUUGUGUUACAAUUUUAUUGUUAAUAAAGUACUGUUUAUGCUUGAA